AUGUGGCCGACCUUCGGAAGCGAAAAAUUCUCCAGUAUCCGGCAAUAGGCUACGCCCUGUCUAUAUAAUACCACUUCCUUCCUGGAUGAGUCUUGCCUUGGGAAGACAAGUACAUCCAAUCUUCCGUCCAUUUCAUCCCACAGAAUGGCGAUCCCUCCUUCCAAAUUGGCCUCCAUUGUGAUUGUGGGCGCGGGCGUCUUCGGUCUGUCCACGGCCCUGGAAUUGUCACGUCGGGGUUACACCAACAUCACAGUCUUGGACCGUCAUCUGGCGCCGGUGCCGGAUGGGUCCAGUGUCGAUGUCUCGCGCAUCAUUCGUGCCGACUACGCCGACGUCUUCUAUGCGCGCAUGGCACUGGACGCUCUCAACGGCUGGCACGGCGAGUACGCCCCAUACUUUUACCAGAGUGGCCUGAUGUGCACGCAGACGCAAGGCAGCGGCGAGCACGAUUACAUCGCCCAGUCCAAGCAGAAUAUGGAACAGCUAGGCGGCACGGCUAACCUGGUCUCGUUCGAUGGCGAGGAGAUUCGCCAGAGAUACCCCGGCAUUCACGGCGACCUCUCGAAAGCCAGUGGCUACGUCAACAUGGACUCAGGCUGGGCCAACGCCGAGCUCAGCAUCGGCCACCUGGCACGCAACUGCACGCGGGCCGGCGUCUCCUUCCGCGCUGGUCGCCAAGGGACCGUCACCGAGCUCCUGACUCAAACCACCCCGACCGGCAAGAAGCGGAUCUCCGGCGUCCGCACCCAGAAUGGCGAGAGCAUUUCCGCCGACCUGGUCAUGCUGUCGACCGGCGCCUGGACCCCCCAUCUCCUGGAGAUGACGGGCCGCUCCGUCUCCGUCGCCCAGCCCGUGGCCUUCCUUCAACUCACCCCCGAGGAAGCCCGCGCACUCGACGACAACCGCUGCCCGGUGAUCCUGGAUCUGAGCACCGGCUGGUUCACCUUCCCCCCGACGCCGGGAACCCACUUGCUGAAGAUUGCUCGUCACGGCUUCGGCUACGAGCGCACGAACGACGCGAAGCCCCAGAACCCGAGCCCGUUCUCGGCCCCGACGCUGGACCGCCAAGGCGGCUAUCUCCCCCCGGAUGCCGAGCAGGCUCUGCGCGAGGGUCUCGAGCUGUGGCUGCCCCGAUUCAAGGACCGGCCUUUUGUUCAGCGUCGACUCUGCUGGUACAGUGAUACGCCCAAGGGAGAUUUCAUCGUCGAUUACCACCCGGAGUAUGAGGGUCUGUUUGUGGCGACGGGUGGCAGUGGCCAUGCUUUCAAGUUUCUCCCCGUGCUGGGCCGCUACAUCGCAGAUGGCCUGGAGUUGACUGCGUCGGCUGAGCAGCGCCAGAAGUGGGCGUGGCCGGUGGCGCCUCGUCCCAUUGCCUCCGGAGACGGGAGUCGUGGUGGGCCUCCUCGUCGUUGCUUGACCCCUCAGGAACGGGCUCGGCUGUAGAGAUCUCUUGAGGGGUAUGGUAACGAAUGAUGAGAUGAAGCGCCAAGCAAGAUAUGAGUUAAUCGAGGAACGGGGGCUUCGGCGCACGCGGAAUUUGUAAAUGGUCACGGUCGCAUUUGUACAGCAGCACCAUUCAACUAGCG